AUGGGCUGCGGACCUUCCCAGGCUGCUGCUGAACAGAGACGUGUGCCCGCGCCUCAGAAGGGCUCUGAAGAGGGAUUCAAGGCUGAUGUCGGUGUGGCUCAUUCCGGGGAGAAUUUCAGACCCCAGAUUGAAGCUACGCUGCCCAAGGAUAAUGUGGGCAGCCCUGGAAGCCUGGACAAGCAGGCCCAGUUGGGAAGCUUACCUGGAACCAUUCCAGAAAGUUCCCCAUUUCCUAGUGAAAGAAACGGAAGAAUAAAUUCAGACCUAGUGAUCAAUGGAUUAAUCCAUAAACCCCAACCCUUAGAGAAUCGAGAGCAACAAAAGUCAUCAGACAUCCUGGAGGAGUUAAUUGUUCAAGGAAUAAUACAACGCCACAGCAAAGUAUUUAGAAAUGGAGAAUCAUAUGAUGUCACGGUAAGCACGACUGAGAAGCUGCUGAGAAAGCCACCAGCCAGGCUGAAAAAACUUAAAAUCAAAAAGGAAGGAAAAGAUUUCACGAUGAAGGACAUAGAAGAGAAGAUGCAGGCAGUGGAGGAGCGCAGGAAGACUAAAGAAGAAGAAAUAAGAAAAAGGCUGCGGAGUGACCGACUUCUGCCCCCAGCCCAUCGUUCAGAUUCAGCUGAAGCGGGUGGGAAGGAGGCUCCGUUUGCCAAAGGACUUAAAACUGUGAGUUGUGCCGCGUUUGAACCCUCUGAGCUGCGGGAAGGAAAGCUGUUGAAAAGGAAGAAGAGUAAAAGUGAUACAACCUCAAAUGAUAGCAACUACAGGUACGAAGGUAUCGGGGUCGUGGAGUCAGACAUGUCUUACAACCAAGCAGAUGAUGUAUUCUAAUGAGCCGUUUUAUGUGAAUUUCGUGAAAAGGCAUCCUUUCCCC